UUUAGAACACUGCUAUCAUGUCACUCCAAGCCCUUCUUUUCAUGAAACUAGACAUAGCCAAUUCUUGCAAUGGUUUUUAUGUUUUAGCCCCCCAAACGUUUGGUGUUUAGUUCUUGGCAUCUUCUGAUAGGAGAACAAGGGCCUGCUUCAAACAAUGGGAAGGUAUGGAAGAUUACCUUUGUGACCUGCAGGAACCGUGGUGGCGCAGGGGUUAGAAUGCAGUAUUGCAGGCUAAUUCUGCCGACUGUCAGGAGUUCGACUCUGACCGGCUCAAGGUUGACUCAGCUUUCCAUCCUUCCGAGGUCGGUCAAAUGAGGACCCAGGUUGUUUGGGGGCAAGAUAUUGGCUCUGUAAACCACUUACAGAGGGCUGUAAAGCAGCAUGAAGUGGUAUACAAGUCUAAGUGCUAUUGCUAUCUUUCCCAUAAUCAGGAAGAAUUAGACCAAUGAUGGUUUACCAUUAGCUGAGUUAGCUUUCCACAGCAAAAAGGUCAGAAAGUCUUCUGUUACCUUACAAAGUGGCAGAUGUAUCAUUCCCUAAGCUUUCAUGAUUGUUGUGAAGUAACAGUACAUUAGAGUUGAAUCAGGCACAGGGGUCGAGGAUUUGCCUACAACCCAGAUAUAACCUUUCCCCAGAUUGUUUCUUUAGAUUCUACCCAUUUUUCCCCCCCAUCUUCUACAAGCGGAAGACAUAAAGGACCAUGUCGUUGGAGGAGAAAUAUAUAGCAGUUAUGGAAGAGGAGGAAGAGGAGAAGGAGGAGGAGGAAGACAUCCAGGAGGCAGCAGCCUUGGUUGUUAGUGGGGUGAUUAAAGAUGCUGUGGACAGAAUUAAAGCUCUGAAGAAGGAAGAGGCAGGUGCCAAAUACAAAAUACCAAAUAUUGCUUGGAUGAGGUGCAAGGAUUUCUCCAUCGGAAGAGGCCUGCUGCAGAUUGAGGACUAUAUGAAGACAUGGGAACUUCAUGAAAGUUGGCUACACUGGAGCAAUUAUCUCAACAACGAGGAACUCCGGUACAGCACCAGGUAUUAUUACCGAGUCCGUUGGAGCAUCCCGACAUGCAGGAAGCCCAUCCCUCGAGCAACAGCGUGUGUCUAUUUCGCCAUUGAGAUUUCCAAAAUCAAGCCCAGAACGCUGCCAAUUGACGUGUUUUUCGUGGUGGAAACCAAUAAGCUCAUUCACAGGCCGGGAAAAACUCGCUUUAAGGAAAAGUGGCUCAAAGAUGUCAUUGAAAGUAAGAUUGUCAUGAUGGAGACUGUGGAUUUUUAGUUCUGCUGGAAUGGUUAGAAAUUAAAAUCUCUUUUAAGACACCCCGCUUUUAUGUCUUGGGCAAUAAAAUCCACGGCUUGCUGUAAACAGACCCUUGUUUUGAUCUCUCUGUGCAAUUCAUAUCAAGGAAGUACAGAAAGAAAAACUUUAACCAAAUUGUCUAUGGAGAUUCUCAGUCAUCCAGGUCAUGGUAGUCCCAAAGGUGCUUUUUGAAAAGGCAAGUGGACUUGGUUUUUCCUUGAAGAUG